AUGUCCGCACCAAAAACCGCUAGGGAACGCGCAGCCAUCAUCAAGAAGCAGCAGGAAGAUGCUCUAGCCAGACUUCCUCUUAAUGCGCUGUUCAUCGUUCUCUGGAUCCGAUCUGAUCCGCCCCGUCAAAACGACUUCCACUGGGGCUAUUAUCUCCAUACGGGUUCCCAAGGCGGUGUCAAAUACCACAUGAGAAAUAUGGGUAGUGGGUGGAUGCCUGAUCAUGGUUCAACUGGAGGUGUCUUUAAAUCGAAUUUCCUGUGCGUUCUCAUUCAAGUCGCAACCAUCCGGGAAACGGCACGCAAUACUCUCGACCAAAUCAUGCGAUCUCAUGAUGGCGAUGUCAACCAGAUACCGGGAGUGACUUGCCGUGUGUGGGUUGUCAAGAUUAUACAAAAGCUCAUUCAGCACGGAAUGGUUCGAUGCGAGAACAUCGAUGCACUGCAGCAGGAGUGCAUGGCGUUCGGGAACCAGUAUAGCCCGGGCGCUGCUAUCAAUCAACAGCCGCGGCCGGUUGUAAGAUCCAGACUUUGCCUUUGA